UAAUUAACUUAAGUUGAAGUAUUUUUAGAUCAUGAAAACAUUUAUAAUCAAUAGAAAUAAAUUUGUCUUUUUUAUAGACAUUUGUAAAAUCUUUAUUCAUAACAAAUUGUAAUCAUAUCGUUUGUAACAUUUAUACAAUUGUAAAUAUAAAUUAUAUACACGAAUAUACAUAUGUACAUAUAAUUGCUUAUAUGUCGUGCAUCCUGUUUAAGUAAGUACAGUGGAAUAUCUCAGAAGAAAUUCAAGUUACAAAAAAGAUGUUUGUACAAAAGUUAUUUGAUAGCACGAAUUACAUCAUCCAGUAUUAAUAACUUUUUUGUGGGUUGGGAGAUGAAAAAGAUUUCAAAGACAACUCAAUUUUUUAACAGAAUGUUUUAGACAGAAUUAUUUCUUCAAAAUAUAACAGUCGUAACUCAGGCAAAUCCACAAAGUAUCGCACGAUAUCAUCCUGAAUUAUAUAAUAAUAAUCAUUAAUUAUAUUAAUAAAAUAUUAAUAUUAAUAAUUUAUAUAUUUAUUAUAAUAUAUAUAAUUUAUAUAAUUAUAUAUAUAAAUAAAUAAAUAUAGCAUUCCAUUAAUAAAAAAAUGAGUUGACCUUGAAAUGUCUUUCAUGUAUCCACCCACAAAAAAGCUAUUAAUUUCAGAUAAUGUACUUGUCUUAUCAAAUAAUUGUUGUAUGAACAUUUUUGUUGUAACUUUAAUUCCUUUCGAGAUGCACCACUGUACUUAAACAACUUAGACACUCUGUAUUAGAUAAGAAACAUUUCUGUAACAUAUACAUAUGUACAAUCGUAAAGUAAUAUCGGCGACAUGAAAAAAAUUAAUUUGUGAUAUGAUUAUCUUUUUUACGAUAAUAGGAUAACGCUAUAAGUGCGGAUAAUGUUAUCAGAUAAAUCAACAUUCAAUAUAUCGCUGCCCAUUUAUAGAUUGAUUUAUACUUCCAAUGUAAUAAAAAACAAAAUCCACGAAAUCCUGUGAUUAUGUGUAAUGAGUGGGGGGAACACAUUCAUUUGCUUCGCGAGAAGUUAUAUAUGUCACGUAACGUCAGUAUCGUACUCAUACUUGUUUCAAAAAGGUCAAGUGAUUAACCAUAUGCGUAUAAAUUAGUCGCAACAAUGGCUGCACCAACAAUUACUUUAAAUAAUGGUGAAAAAGUGCCCGUAUUAGGACUCGGUACAUGGCAGGCAGCAGACAAUCCCGGUGUUGUUGAGCAAGCUGUACGGGACGCAGUGGACGCUGGGUAUCGUCAUUUCGAUUGUGCUUAUAUUUAUGGUAAUGAAAAGGAAAUUGGUAAAGCUCUACGUGAGAAGAUUCAGGAGGGUGUCGUGAAAAGGGAAGAUCUAUUCAUCACCACAAAAUUAUGGAAUUCAUUCCACAAAAGGGAAGAAGUUGUACCAAUGUGCAAGAUUUCUUUAGAAAACUUUGGUCUCGAAUAUGUGGACCUAUACCUAAUUCACUGGCCCAUGUCUUUUGGAGCUGAAGAGGACAAAAUAUGGAAAACGCAACACAAAGGAACUCAUGUAAAUGUAGAUAAGAACUAUUUGGAUACAUGGCGUGGUAUGGAGGAAUGCGUGAAAUUAGGACUAGUGAAGAGCAUUGGUCUCAGCAAUUUCAAUUCCAAGCAAAUAGAUUCCAUCUUAUCAAUAGCCAAAAUUAAACCAGUUAUAAACCAAGUGGAAUGUCAUGUAAACUUGAAUCAACAGAAACUACGAAAAUUUUGUGAUGAACGUGGUAUAGCAGUCUGUGCUUACAGUCCUCUCGGUUCACCCAAACGAACAUGGGCAAAACAGGGUGACCAUGAAGUUAUGACGGAAGCACCAGAAAUACUUAAACUUGCCAAGAAGUACGGCAAAACACCCGCUCAGAUCAUUUUGCGAUACUUGGUCGAAAUCAAAACAAUUCCAAUCCCAAAAUCCAGCUCGAAGGGGCGUAUCAAGCAGAACAUCGAUAUUUUUGAUUUUAAAUUGACAUCAGAAGAAAUUGCGCUGGUCGACACUCUUGAUUGUGGGCUUCGAAUAUGCCAUUUUGAUAAGUCCAAUCAUUACAAAGAUUAUCCAUUUGACAUAGAAUUUUAAGAAAAUGCCAUAUUAUUCCUAUACAACUGGACCUUCAAGUAAUGUCUCUGUAACUGUGUAACUCUGUAACUAUUAAGUUAUAAAUAUUUGUCAAUUAUUGCAUGUGUA